AAAGUGUAAUGCUGGGAGAGGCAGAGGCGAGGGAAAUCUCAAAGUAGAGUGCAAAGUCUGAAAUUCACUGCAGAGGAUUGUGUUCUACUUUCUUUGGCUGAAACUUGUUUAAUACCGUGUUUAUCAGCGGGGGCGAAAAGCUGAGCGGUCGUCGGAGUUGCUCUCAGCACUUUAAGGUUUAUUCCUCCUCUGCUGCUCAGACAGAACCACCCGAGCCGACCCGGGUCAGCACUGCUCCUGUCCGGGGCCUGAGCCCGCUACAGACAGCCUCUGUCUGAGUCUCUCACCAUGGCAGGGGCCGGUGGUGGGAACAGUGAUGUGCAGUGGUGUUUUUCCCAAGUCAAAGGAGCUAUAGAUGAUGAAGUGGCUGAAGCUGACAUAAUUUCUACCGUUGAAUUCAACCACUCUGGGGAGCUGCUCGCCACUGGGGACAAGGGGGGGCGAGUUGUCAUCUUUCAGCAGGAACCAGAGAGCAAGAAUCAGCCGCAUUGUCGAGGGGAGUACAAUGUUUAUAGCACCUUUCAGAGCCACGAGCCAGAAUUUGACUACCUGAAAAGCCUUGAGAUCGAGGAGAAGAUCAACAAGAUCCGAUGGUUGCCUCAAAAGAACGCAGCACAGUUUCUUUUGUCAACUAAUGAUAAAACCAUUAAGUUGUGGAAAAUUAGUGAGCGUGACAAGAGACCAGAGGGCUACAAUUUGAAAGAAGAAGAUGGAAGAUACCGAGAUUUCAACACAGUCACCACACUGCGGGUUCCAGUUUUCAUGCCGAUGGACUUGAUGGUGGAAGCCAGCCCGAGACGAGUGUUUGCGAAUGCUCACACGUACCACAUCAACUCCAUCUCCGUCAACAGUGACUGUGAGACGUACCUGUCUGCAGAUGACCUGCGCAUCAACCUCUGGAACCUGGAGAUCACAGAUCGCAGCUUUAAUAUUGUUGAUAUUAAGCCAGCCAACAUGGAAGAGUUGACGGAGGUGAUCACAGCAGCAGAGUUUCAUCCAAAUCAAUGCAACACAUUUGUGUACAGCAGCAGCAAAGGCACCAUUCGCCUGUGUGACAUGAGGGCAGCAGCUCUGUGCGACCAGCAUACCAAACUGUUUGAAGAGCCAGAGGACCCAAACAAUCGUUCGUUCUUCUCUGAGAUCAUCUCAUCGAUCUCUGAUGUGAAAUUCAGCCACAGUGGUCGAUACAUGAUGACUCGUGACUACCUGUCCAUUAAAAUCUGGGAUCUCAACAUGGAAACCCGGCCAGUUGAGACAUAUCAGGUGCAUGAAUAUCUCAGGAGUAAGCUGUGUUCACUUUAUGAGAAUGACUGCAUCUUUGACAAGUUUGAGUGCUGCUGGAACGGAAAUGACAGUGUUGUGAUGACCGGCUCCUACAACAACUUCUUCAGGAUGUUUGACCGAGGCUACCGGCAGGAUGUAACUCUAGAGGCAUCACGGGAGAACAGCAAGCCCCAGUCGCUCCUGAAACCUCGUAAAGUGAGCUCAGGUGGGAAGCGCAAAAAGGAUGAGAUCAGUGUAGACAGUCUGGACUUUAACAAGAAGAUCCUCCACACUGCCUGGCAUCCGCUGGACAACAUCAUUGCAGUUGCCACCAUCAACAAUCUGUACAUAUUCCAGGAGAAAUUCAACUAGCAUUUGUUAAAACCCCCAGAACCCAGUUUCUAUUGGGCCCCGACUCUCUUUUUGAACACGUACAAACAAUAAUGUCUUCUUACGGCUAAAUCCCAAGUUUUAAACUGAUCUGCACCCUGCUGUGGAUCAAAUUAGCCUUGUCUGGUUCAGUUCUAAAAUCACAAACAGUGGCAUUAACACCAUAUGUCCGAAAGGAUGCAGAAGCACAAUUUCAUUGUUCAAAAAGUAACAUUCAGGGUUUUUAGAUCGAUAUCCAGAUUUUGGGAUUUGUUGUCUUCAUUUCCUCCAACAGGAACUCUCCAUUCAUCAUGCUAACUUUCGCUACACCACUACAUCCCAAACCAAAGGGAAAUGCUUUAAAAGCAGGUAUUUUGCUAGUUUCUUUGAUUCUACUUUUGUGCCAUUAAGAUAUGAUUCAUUUCUAUGCCACCAAUUUUUUUCAUGUUUUACUGCUACAAUAUUUGAAUAGUUUGAAUAGGAAAUUCUUUCUGCUGUUCAUUUUUUGUCUCCAAGUUCUUUUUUUCUGGCCUGAAACUCUGCUAAUGUAAGACAUCAACACUCCAUAUUUGCCCCAGGUAAAUGUCAAGUUGCCAAGUUCGCUCAGCACCUCGAUAGUAAAGUUAGUGCUGUUAUGGUUUGCAGUUAAAGGAUGUCGCUGGUGUUUUAUUAUGUUUAAACUCAUUCUCCACAAGCUGCACAAUUAAAAUUCCUCCACAUAGUUUCAGCAUCUUAAAGUACGAGUGUUUAUCUAAUGAACACUGACGAUGAGCAAGUAAUUACACAUAAGAGCAAAAAUAUUGAAUAAAUAAAAUUUAAGAAUACUGAUAUGCAGAGGAAUAAAUAUAAAUACUGAAUAAAAACAUAGAAUUAUUAUUACUGUGAAGGCGCUCUCAUGUUAUGCCCAGUUCCUUCUAACAUGCUGAAUUACGAAUACCACCCUCCUUCCUCAGUCCCCCACUUGCAUGCACUCGCAUUACUUUAGAUGCAACCAUGCUUGAGCACAAUUACCUCUUGUACAUAGGUCAUCACACUGUAAUACGACACAUGCAUGGCCUUAUGGUCUCCGAGUCUGCACAGUGGAGAACAACAUUGAGAAAAUGACAGCAACUUUACUGACUCUGUGGCUUCUAUUGGUUGGAUACCUACAUUUACAUUAUGCACAUAAUAUACUGUUUGGUCAGACACUGGUUUUCUUGAUUAUGUCCAUGUUGUGUACCACAUGAGCGUCGGUACUGUGCUGAAGCCCACCUCUUCCAUUUGCAGCAGUGCGAAGGAAGUGAAUCAUGCACUCUGCUUGUCAAACAAACUAGGCUUUGAGGGUCAAGUGUACUUUGGCAUGGCUUGCCUUCUCUGAGUGCACCCUAAGAAAGUCAACUCACUUAAAACUGACUUGACUUGUUUUCCAUCAUAAUGAGCAUUUAUGUUUAAUAAACUCAAAAGUGAUUCUUCAGUAGGAAGAGGCAAGCACUUCUGCAUCAAACAUGCAAAAUGAGCCAGUGAAAUCCACACCAACUCUUCAAAAGCAUCCCUCCUUCAGAUCUGUCUUUUAAUACUAUAGCCUUUAAAUGCAAUUGGUGCUAACUUGCUGCAGCUAACGAGCAAGAGAUUUUCUAGACUGUCCUGUCUCAUCCUAAUGAGCAUACCUUAGUAUUUCAAAGACAAAUAUACACUGAGAUUGGUCUCUUAUUUCAGAAAAGUUUAAGCAUUGUGUAAAGAAAUGACAAUAUUUAAGAGAGGAAGCUGUAAUGUACGUGUAACUUUCAGAUGAAUGCCUAACUCAUUAAUAAAACACCAGUGUUGUCCUUUAUCAUUCUUAAAUAGCAGUGCAUAUAUUUUCAGGUAUUGUGAUUUUUGGGAGUUGAAUGUGGGCUUAUCAUGCCAAAGUUAUCAGUCCUUUUAGUUAAAAUAAUUUAAAAGCUCAGGACAAAAGCUUUUAUAUGUGGAUGGACGUGAUGGCGUGACAUAGCCUUAUUCUCUCGUGGUAUGAGGCUACCAGCUUGUUGUGUUAUUGCUGAUAAAUGAACUGCUUUACCCUUUAAGUUUAGUUUGUUUUUUUAACUGAUUUUUGUACUGUACCUGAAAAAGGAAAAUGAUCACUAUAGAUUUAUUUUUUUAUAAGUUAAGGCAAUAGGAUUACAGUCUGAUCACUGUAGUUUGAUUAGCUGUCUGUCUCAGACAGGGUAUAGAUGGACGGUUUCCUGAUCGGGUAACCUUUUUGUCAUAACUGUGGAGCUUUUUUUUCACUCUAGCUGGUUUUUCUUGGAAAGACUUUCUGUGACAUCAAAAAAGUGUGUUGUUAAUCACUCGGGGUGUCUAAAGACACAUUAUUUUCAGGUGUCAUUACCUCUGUAGUCAGAAGCACUUAAACAGAUGUAUUUUUUUUCUGGCUGACUGUAACUACUGCUUUCUGUGCAACUUAUUUUGGACUCUUCUGAGUUGGAUUCUGACUUGAUUUGGAUCUUAAGUUCUAUUUAUGUGCCGUGGUCUUGUUCAUUAGUCCUUUUUAUUUUUUGUUUUGUUGUGAAAGUUAAGGCCCUUGUUGGUCUAAGUGGGAGUCAUUUUAGUCAACAUUUAGGUUGAUUUAAUAUUUUUUGAUCCAUCGAUUUAUCUCCAAAGUUAGUCAAGUCAGUUGACUAGAUGUCUUCUCUCAGUCUCCUGAGAAUAUUGACUUAUUUCUGUACAAAGGAGAAUUUGUGAAGCACUUGAUUUGCAGAUGAUUUUUGUUGGGAAGUUAAACAGAUAAAAUUAUAACUUUGCUUUUUUUUUUUUUAGCUUAUUUUCUGAUUUUUUCCUUUAAAAAUGACCCUUUGUCGAGCCUCACCCUCCUGGGUUGCUGUUGCUAGUUGCUUAGACAAAACCUUUUUUCCCGGCCUCCUUUCCAUUUCAAAUAAGUGAAAAUACCCUGCAGCUUAACUAACUUUUAUUUAGACUGAAUUGAUCAGGAUCGCUAAAAAACUUUGCCUCAGUAAUAGAAUAGACAAAGAUACAGUUUGAGGAUAACUCAGCAUCUCUCAGAACUUGAUAAAAUCAUUAAAAAUGUUAGUGGUGUUUGAUGACAGUGAUGCUGACUGUCAGCUGUCCUGCAGCGGCACAUCAGCAAAGUGCUUGUUUUGCAAAAAGAGAUAAGAUGAAUUAAACACUCCCAUCUGCCUUAGUAGACCAACAUUAAUGUAAAUUUCUGUUUAAGUUCAAGCUAGUUAGCUAAUUUUAUAAAAUAAAAUCAGCAUUACAUUAUCCUCAUACUAGCAAUGAAUGUUAUUAAGUUUGCUAUCAGGUCACACUGUAGCACCCUAACAUUGCUUGAAAAAGUUUUCUCUUGCCUUCAAGCAUACGUGACUGUUGAUGGCUUAAAUUGCUAGUGUGGUGUCCAUAAAGUCGAUUUCAAAGAAGGCAUUUUUCCUGAUUUACCUUUGGGUUAGGAAAAAUACUCUAGAAUUACAAUGUGGAUAUUCUGAGCUGCUUUUGCACCAUUUAACCAUGCUUAAAGGAAUAGUUUGGUAUUUCUGAAGUUGGGGGGAAAGUAGUGGCAUUAGCUUCCAGAGAUUUCAGUUAGUGCUGCUCCUUUAAGCAUGGCACACUUGGGGAAGCUAGGCUAUACAGUGUGACAGAUAGGUCCAGUUUUAUCCAAAUAAAUAGCACAUUUUAGGUCAAAAUGAGCCCAUAAGCAAUGCUGGCUCUAUUGUAUGAAAUAUCCCCAAAAAAUUGAAGCUUCCCAUUUCUCACCCAGAAAGCCUCUGUGUUUAGCACCAUUAUGCAAUGCAGGCUGCAGCUACCGGCUAGGUCCUCUCCCGCCUCAGCAUAUCUGAUCCGCUGUUUGGGUUUUGGGCUUUGUCAGAGGAAAAGACAACAAACUAAGCUAUAAUCAGCAAUUUUGACUUGAGUGGUGAUGGCACAUCGUUUACUGUGGAUACGAAAGGACACUUUUAUGACCUUGCGUUCUUAGAGGAACAACUUCUAGAGUUUGAGACUUCUGGGGGAGAAAGAGGGAGGGGAACACCUCAGUGAAAACUGGAUUGCAAGAGAGGUCUCAAGUUACCUGGUGGUGUAGGUGUGCAAACUUGGAGCCCAUGCUAAUGAACUGCUGAUGAAUGAGCUACUGCUGUCAGGAGUGGUACUUAGUUCCUCCAUCGCCUCUCCGGGACAUUUCUGAUCAGAUGAUAGAGGCCUGCAGUCUGCAUUACUCUCCAUCCAGAGUUCCCUGCUUUACUGAAUGCUGCUGUUUGACAGACCUUCCACUUUCUACAGAUAAAUAGGAAAAAACAACGAGAAGAGCUGAUUAGAAAUUCGUCAUCCAAGGAGGUUUAUGGCUGUUGCUUUAGUCUUAUGGCUGAUAAUUAGACAAGCUACAGUUGGCACCGCAAGGUUACUUUAUGAAAACAUUGUGUCACUAGUUUGAGUUAAGUUUGUUGUUGUCUAUAACAAAUCCCACAGACUCAAACAGCUGAUCAGAUAUGCUGAGGCGGGAGAGCAUGUAGCUGGAAGCCGAAGCUUGCAUUGCAAAAUAGUGCCAAACACAGAAGCUUUCUGGGAGAAAAAAUAAAACUCUUCAAAGAACGUUUGAUACAGAGUACAAUUGAGCCAACAUUGUUUUUUGGCCCAUCUUUACCUUAAACUCACUAAAUUAUACGGAGAAACUAUACCCAUUUAUAGCACUGUAUAGCCUAGCUUCCCCGAGUGUGUCGUGCAUAAAGGGGUAACGCACUGAAAUCUGUGGAGUCUGAUGCCACUCCCAUUGCUAAGAACCUUAUGCAACCCAACUUGCAAAAUAUCGCUUUAAGUAGAAAACUAAGGUCACAGUUUUGCUUGCUUCGCACUGAAAAGACUUGGCCUUUACCUAAAGUGGUCUAGGAACAGUUGCUUUGUGAGGGGGCUCUGAUUGGUGGGUCAGCAUACAAAUCAGAGAGCCAACAAAGGGUCAGAUACAUUUUGACACUGAAUCUGCUUAUUGGUCCAAUGAAUCAUAUUUGUUCAAGUUAUUGUGUUUCUCCAACCCUUAAAAAAAGUUAGACUUACUAGGAUGUCACCAAAAUAACCACAAUAAGGUGGUAAGCUGCUGCUGGGUGUCACUCUCAGGGCUCUGGGUAAUGUCUUCUUCAAGUGAGAUACUUAUAUCUUUCCUUCCUUUGUUUUUUUUGUUUUUUUUACAUAAAAAGAAAAUAAAACAUUUAUGAUCUGGGUUAUUUAACUUCAUCUUUCUCAAGUCAUAGGCAUAUUAGUCUCUAUAAUGAGACAGGGCUGAUCUGAGCAUCAGUCAGUUUGAUUGUCUAUAUUAUCAGCCUUUUUCUGACAGUCAUUCAGAGAAAGCCUUUAUCUCACUCACUGUUUUAACUUUAAUUGUUGUAACAAGCAGAUGGAAAUUUUGAAGUCGUUCAACAGAAAAAUCUGUCUUGAAACAGUGUUGCAUCAGAAUCGACAACUUCUCUUAUAAACAAACUUCAGUUUUCUUCAGAGCUAGCAAUCAGUCACUAAAAUUCAGAAGAAACAGGUCAUUUUUCUACCCUCCCCUCACAUUGUCUUUAAAGCUCUCUGAAGCUUCGCAACUUUCAGAAGAACCCUAAUGCCUUUUAUAAUGAUAAGAAGAAUUAUAAUAAUCAAAUAUGAACCUUUUGCUCAGGGUGAAUUAACUGCUGCUCUGUGAUCAGACUCUUGUAACUUCAGAAUAAAGCAGCUUUUCAGGACUUGAAUGAAAACAGCCUUAUUUACAGUUAGAUCAUACCCUUUCUGACAUCAGGUUUCUUUAAUGGUUUUUACAGUAUGUGAUAGCGUACACACCGUGGUCAUUUUACUCUAUCAAGGAAAUUGUCUGUAUAGGAUUACAAGGUUCUCCACUUGAAGCAGAGUUAUAUGUACAUGUCUAAUGUAUCACAGGAGUUAUAACGAAAUGCACUUUUUUAUUUUUGUGAAUUUCAUGACUUUGUAUUUUUUUUUUUUGUUAAUUUCUCUAAAGGGGCUCUAAAAUAAACUGUAAGAGAGUUUGGGUGAUCUGUUUGGGGUAAAAAAAAAGCUACAAAUGGUUCAUUGUACAGAUUUGUUUGUCUUUGUUAAAUGAAAUUAAGGACAAUUUAGGUGAAAAAUAAUAAAGACAUUUCAAAAAGAA